UACUAUUCAGUUUCACCUUUCAAUAUUAUAAAUUAUAAUACAUGGGGAUUUGAAGACAUUAUUUUAACUUUAUAGUUUAUUAUUUUUUCAAAUAUAAGAAAUGUAAUAAAUAUAUUUAUUUUUUUCGUACUUUAAAUUCAUCAGCUAGUGGUUCAAAAUUGUUGAUUAUUUUGUAUUAAUUAUUUCGUGUUGGGUAUGUCUUAUAUAAAUGCUUACAAGAAUCGGACUACCAAUAAUGGUGCAUCUGAAGACGAAAAACAAACUCUAUUGGUUUUUGGGUAUUCGUGCAAAUUAUUUAAAGAUGACGAAAAAGCUCUUUUCAUUGAUCAAGGGAAGCAUUUGAUACCCUGGAUGGGUGAUGAUACAUUAAAAAUAGACAGAUAUGAUUGCCGUGGGGCUUUAAGUGACUUAAAAUCUGUAGAAGCCUUACCGUUUGGUCAAAGUCGAUGGGAAGGAUUGACAGCCGAUGAAAAAAAAAUUGAACAACUCUGUGACGAAGAAAGGUAUAAGUCUCUCAAUGAUAAGAGUGAAGAAGAAUCAAUUUAUCAAGAGGAAGAACUUAAACGGCUUCAUCAAGCUUUAAAUAAUGAUGAAAAAGAAUAUGGUCAAGUUGGUUAUAAAUAUGAGGAUGAAUCUUCAAACACAUCUGAAAUAAAAACUGCAGAUGACACAGAGUAUGAUCCUGAACUAGAAGAAGCUUUUAUUCCACCAAGAGAAUUAGAAAUUCCUUCUAAUAUGCAUGUGCCUCCAACAAAAAAAUUAAAUGCUAUUAUUGAAAAAACAGCAUUGUUUAUAUCUAAGCACGGAGCACAAAUGGAAGUUUUAUUGAAGGCUAAACAAGCGCACAACCCUCAAUUUGAAUUUUUGUCAUACGACAGGCCACUUUACCCUUACUAUCAACAUGUACUUUCAGCUAUCCGGUCUUGCCGUUAUAACCCUACACUUGCUAAUGAUAGUGCUGAAGAUUCAUUAGAUUCCUCAAAUGAAGAAAGUUACCUACAUCCAAGCCUAUUAAAAAGUGCAAAACAACCAGAAACGACGCCAUUUAUACCAAACAUAACAUACAAACCUUCUGCUGAUUGUUCAUACUCAUUACUAGUAAACAAAAUUAAAGAGAAACAAUCUGCAAUGCCUGUAGAGGAAACCAUUAUAAAUGAAGUAGAAACUCCUCCCGUAACUGUAACUACAUCAGAGUUUGAUGGACUUACUAAAUCAGCUAGACGGCGGCUGAAAAAAAAAUUAGUUUCUCAAUCUACAUUAAAUACUGCAAAUUCGCCAGAUACAGAUGAUAAUGAAAUAAUUGAUGAACUAAGCUCAGUUGAAGCAACUACUAAUACCAAAACAGAAUCGGAGAAUUCCAAUCCAGUUCAACAAAAUGUUACAGUUGGUAUUGAUGUGCCACCUAAUGAUUUACAAAUAAUUAUUGAUAAAAUGGCUUCUUAUGUGACAAAAAACGGAAAGCAAUUUGAAGAAACUGCUAGAAAAAGACAGGAUCCAAGAUUGAAAUUUCUAGAGCCUGACGAUUGUUUUAAUGCAUAUUAUACUCAAAAGCUUAAAUUGUAUGCCACAAUUAAACGAUUGGAACAAACAGCUCCAUUAAAAUUAAAUGUGGAUUCUAAAACAAAUUCCAAAUUACCUGUAUGUUUCUCACUAAAAAAACAAAAAGAAUCUGAAGCUGUAGAGAUAAAAAAAAGUGCUCUUGAAGAUAGUGCAAAUGAAACAAGUGAUGAUGAACAUAAAAAAGAUCGUAGUGAUAAAACAGAAUUUAAUCAUAUUAAAUUAAAUAAAUCGUCUACAUCUGUCAAGAAAAACCCAUUACAAAAUACAGCUAAAUUGGCUGAAGAAAGAUUGAAAGAUAAAUUAGCUAUGGCAGCAAAAGAAAAACUUUCUAUGCUAGAAAGAGAACGUACUAAAAAAGAAAAAGAAAAAAUUCAAGCUGAAAGAAAAAGAAAAGCUGCACAAUUUUUGGCUUCGAUGAAAAUUAUAUCGUCAUCUUCAAAAAAUUCAAACAUCAUUAAACCGAGUGAAAAACCAGACAUUCAAGAUUUGCCAGUUCAUACUUCUGUAGUGAAUAAUGUUGAUCAAAAACCAUCUAUAGAUGAAAAAAAUGGUUUACCAGAUGAUGAUGUAAAAGAUUUAAAUAUUCAACCACUGCCUUCCAAAGUACAAGACGUAAUAUCUAUUGGUUCUAGUGAUGAAGAUAUUGUAUCUAAUGAUGGUAAUUUAAAUAAAAAUAUAAAUGGAAAUAAAAGUAGCAAAUUAUCUUUGCAAUCCCGACUCCAAGAAACAUUAUCAAGAGACAAUAAACGUAAAAAAAAUGAAAGAAGUGACAAAGAAAAAGAUAAUUACAAACGAAUAAAGCAUUAUGAUGAAAGUAAAGAAAAAACCCCAGAUCAUCGGUAUUCAUCUCGUGAUAGAGAUCGAACUAGCAGGCGUUCGAAAAAAUCUCAUUCUAGCCAUCAUAGUUCUUCAAAAGAUCACAAAAGAGAACGUGGUAGUAGACGAUCCAAACAUAAGCAUAAAUCAAAAAAGUCAAAAAAACACACGCGGAAUCAUAAUUCAGACUCGUCUGAUAACAGUUCCAAUACAAACAACAGUCGUUUUUCAUGAUUUAUUUGUGUUUCAAUGUACAUACUUGUAAAUUUAUUCAUGUAAACUUUUUUUUUUUGAUUAGUAUAUUGUUAACGAGCUUUUUUCUUUGUAUUAUAAAUCAAACUUGUAAUUUAUACCACUUAAAGUUUAAACUAAUAAAUGAUACUAUUUUGAGUAA